CUUCAAACUGAAAACCUUCCUGAGUUAUAAUGAAGUUGUUGGCAGUAGCUUUUCUGGUUCUCAGCAUGUUUUAUAUAAACUUGGCAGCAAGAGAUUACAACUGUAAGCUGACCAAUAUUGAAAAUGGGAAUUGUAGUGUUCGAUUUGAACGGUGGAGUUAUUCAGUAUCCGAGAGUAAAUGCAUGUUUAUUAAGGUUGGUGGAUGCCACAUGACGGUAAAUCAAUUCAAGACCAAGAAGAUGUGCGAAAGGAAGUGUAUGCCUCAGAGGAAGAGGACAUUGGAUACAGAUAUCAAAGAGACUGUUGGAAACGAAGAAAAUUAAAAACUAAAAUUAUAAUUUGUUGUGACUUUUGAAAUAAGUGAAUUCAUCUAGAGCAAAAAACUGUGAAGAUUUGCAAUUAAAAUAUGUGACGGUAGAUAAAGAUAUUAGUACUUU